AUGGCAUCUCCAAUUAGUUGCUUAUCAAUCUUGGUUAUCCCUCUACUAGUCACCUCUCUUUUCUACCAUGUUUCUAAUGCAGAUCGAGCCCUUAUUGUAAGCAUUUGCAAAGAGAUGAGGGACAAAGCGUUUUGCUUGUCAGAAUUAUUUUCAGACCCACAGAGUAGUACAGCUGGUCUAUAUAUGCUGGGAAUUAUUACUGUUGAUUUGAACUUGAAAGUAUUCGAAGAAGCUGAUAGUCAAAUCCCAAAUAUUCUUGCAUCACUCACAGACUCACUGGAUAAAUCUCGACUUUCAAAUUGCCAAACCAAUUUAGCUAAUGCACAUGAGCAAAUGAAAGCUGCAAGAAACGCUGCAGGAGAACAAUCUUAUAGUGAAGAGAAAAGUUUAAUUAUGGAUUCAUUUGUGAAAGUUGCAAACUGCAGUAAUGAAUAUGCGAAACCCCCAAAACGUGAAUCACCAAUAUCAAAGCUCACUUACAAUAUAGUGGAGCUAUUUAAUAUUGCUAAUCAAAUAAUUGCAAUGAUAGGUUGA